AUGCACUUCCCACGCAGCGCCGCCGCCAUCGCCACCAUGUCCGUCUUGGUCGCGCACGCCGCCGCCGUGCCAACGACCCAAGACACCCGGGCAACAUGCGGCAGCGGCAACCUGGAUCUGUCCAAAUGGAAACUCCAGCUGCCCAGCGGCACCAAGGGCCACCCCACGGAAAUCUCGACCUCGGACCUCUGCAACGGCUACUCGAGCGAAUUCUUCUCCAUGCAGGGCGACGCGCUCGUCAUGAAGGUGCCCGGGGGCCCGUCGUCGGGCAAGUGCGUCACGACGCCCAACAGCAAGCACUGCCGCACCGAACUCCGCGAGGUCAAGCCCGCGUCCUGGGACCCCAGGGCCAAGACGAACCGCCUGGUCGGCGAGCUCAAGGUGACGCAGAACGACGGCGAGAUUUGCAUCGGCCAGAUCCACAUUGACGACGCCGUCUCGACCAAGCCCGUCGCCGAGCUGUACUACAACGCCGGGGGCGACCUGGCCGUGGGCGUCAACACCUGCCGGACCUGCGGCCAGAAACGCACCCCGAUCGGCAAUGUGCCCAAGGGCCAGCGGCUCUCGUAUGAGAUUCGCUACGAGGGCAACCGGCUGUCUGUCAGCAUCAACGGCCAGGCGUUCAAGACGCUGAGCACGUACGACUUGGAUGCGCCGAGCAGCUACUUCAAGGCGGGCAACUACAACCAGGGGGAGGGUCCUACCACGGUGCAGUUUUACAAGAUUCAGACGAGCCAUUCUUGA